AUGGACAACACUGGAGCAAAGAAGAAGUGCUGUGAAGCCGUCCGAGACUUCUUCACCUCAGCUAAAUUUCUCAUUUACAUGGGUCAUGCACUGUCAACAUGGGGCGAUCGCAUGUGGAACUUCGCGGUGGCUGUGUUCUUGGUGGAGUUGUAUGGGAACAGCCUGUUGCUCACGGCGGUCUAUGGGCUCGUGGUCGCCGGCUCCGUCCUGCUCCUCGGGGCCAUAAUCGGGGACUGGGUCGACAAGAAUCCAAGGCUCAAAGUGGCCCAGACGUCGCUGAUCGUCCAGAACAGCUGUGUGAUCGUGUGUGGAGUCCUCCUCAUGGCCGUGUUUCAGUUCAAAGAGCAGCUCGCCGUCAUGUACAAUGGAUGGAUUCUGACAACGUGCUACGUCAUGGUCAUCGCCAUCGCUAACAUCGCUAACCUCGCUAGCACAGCCAUGUCCAUCACGAUACAGAGGGACUGGGUUGUGGUGGUAGCCGGCCAGGACAGCAGCAAGCUAGCAGACAUGAACGCCACCGUGCGCAUCAUCGACCAGCUCACCAACAUCCUGGCCCCGAUGCUGGUGGGGCAGGUGAUGGCGUUCGGUUCGCACUUCAUCGGCUGCGGCUUCAUCUCGGGCUGGAACCUGGUGUCCAUGUGUGUGGAGUACGCUCUGCUGUGGAAGGUCUACCAGAAAACACCGGCUCUGGCCACGAAAGCCGGACAGAAGGAGGCGCAGCAGCAGGAGCUCAAGGACCUCAGCCCUGUCAGAGAGCUCGAGAAUGGCCGGAGCCCGGAGGAGUCCUCUCAGCCGCUCAUGGUCGACUCAGCGGCGACGAGAGCCAGCUCCCCAGAGGACACCAGCUGCUGUCACCAGGUCACAGAACCCCUGCGGACGCUCAAAGCCGGAUGGGUGUCCUACUACAACCAGAACAUCUUCUUCGCCGGCAUGUCUCUGGCCUUUCUCUACAUGACCGUGCUGGGCUUUGACUGCAUCACCACGGGAUACGCCUACACCCAGGGCUUAAACGGCUCCAUCCUCAGCUUACUCAUGGGCGCGUCGGCGAUUUCGGGCAUCUGUGGCACCGUGGCCUUCACCUGGAUCCGUAAGAAGUGUGGUUUGAUUCGCACCGGCUUCAUCUCGGGCGUGGCUCAGCUGUCCUGCCUCAUGCUUUGUGUGGUGUCGGUGUUCGCGCCCGGGAGUCCCUUCGAUCUCAGCGUCUCGCCGUUCGAAGACCUCUACACUCACCUGGUCGGAGUGAAACCCACGGUGCCUGAAGCCGAUCCUCAUCUGAGCGGGAUGGUGCUGAACGCCACCACGACGAUGAGCAGUUUGACCACGUCUGCGGAGGAGGUGAUCGUGCCCUCGCCUCUGUCUGUGAGCCUGCUGUUCGCUGGGGUCAUCGCUGCCAGAAUGGGUCUGUGGUCCUUCGACUUGACCGUGACGCAGCUAAUCCAAGAAAACGUGAUGGAAUCUGAGCGCGGAGUCAUCAACGGUGUCCAGAACUCCAUGAACUACCUCCUGGACCUGCUGCACUUCAUCAUGGUGAUCCUGGCCCCCAACCCGGAAGCCUUCGGCCUCCUCGUCAUCAUCUCCGUCUCCUUCGUGGCCAUGGGUCACCUCAUGUACUUUCGGUUUGCUUUCAAAAGUCUGGGCAGCCGCCUUUUCCUCUCCUGUUCACCGGAGCAGAAAGUGGAGAAUGACGUGAAUAGUCCGUCCUCGCUACCUGCCGCCGCUGUCUGA